ACCGGUGUGUCGGCACUGGGCACUCACCAGGGCUCAGCCUCCACACUCCCAACUCUCCUUCAAUAUUUCUCUCUGCCUCGCCUCUCAGCCUUUCUCGUCUCUCCCUUCAGUCGUGCGCGUUCCUCCAUCGCCGAUCGCCGCUUGCCCAGGACCUCCGAAGGACACCUAUAAAACACAUUAAAUAAUAAAUCCUUACACAGUGUACUUCUCAUCGAUCCACUCAAAAAUUGGAUUGCAACUUAUUGCCACUCAUUUUCUGGCAAUGGAUCACAGUAGCUGGCAUUAGAAGACAUUAAAAUACGAGAGAAGCCUCGAAUUGCACAGAAAACAUUCUAAAAUCUCCUCCGAGGCACAGUGGAAACAAAAAAAAAAGAAAAACAAAAAAGCGGUGGAUAGAAGCAGGUGGACUUGUGACUUCUCUCUUCUUCGUCGUUUCGUCUUUUUCUUCAUAUGGAUCCAGUGAAUCCUCAAGGAGGCUUUGUACAGUCCGAGCCACGUGCUCAAACGUGUGCCAUCUCCAGCGGCUUGGAGUUGAAAAACCUUCAUGUGGAAAUUGACAUCUAAUAGCUCAACUGAGAGAACAAGUUCUGCACCUGAUGUGCGUAAAGUUGAUGCAACAGUGGUGGCGUGGGUAGAAUUCCAUUCACUAAGGAUUAUUAUAUUCUAUCAAUUAACUUGUGUAUAGUUAUUUUGGAGUAUUAUCGAUGGAUUACGACAGGGAGUGUCGUGAAAUGUUGAGGGAGUAGAUUAAAGCUUGGAAAUAAAGCCAGAUUGCAUAAGUGAGAAUGGAUAGGAAUGAAACAAUCACUGGAGUGGGUGGUGGUAACUCUGGAUCACCAUUGGGACAGCAGCAGUCACCCCAGGGAUCUACUCCCCCCCAUAAUCCUGUUGGAAACCUCGACAAUCAGGUUGGUGACCGAGGAUGGGAGGUGCACCAUGUAACAGUAACCCGAGUACCAGGUUAUGGUUUCGGGAUAGCAGUGUCUGGGGGUCGAGACAAUCCUCACUUUACUAAUGGUGAUCCAGCAAUAGCCAUAUCAGACGUACUCAAAGCCGGUCCUGCUGAGGGAAAGCUCCAGGUGAAUGAUAGAAUUAUUUCUGCCAAUGGUUUAUCCUUGGAGGGUGCUGAUUACGGAGCAGCUGUACGAGUUCUCAGGGAUUCCGGAUCCACAGUUCUUUUGGUGGUGAAACGAAGAGCGAUUGGAACAGCUCCAGGCUCCCCGGCGAGUACUCCACAAAGUCAUCGCUUAACAUUAACAAGAAAUAACAAAAAGGAUGACUUUGGUAUCGUUCUGGGAUGUCGUCUAUACGUUCGUGAAGUGACGCGCGAGGCAACUGGAGCUAAACCUGGAGAUAUCGUUACUAGAAUUGGUGGAGUAGCUGCUGAUAAUAUGAAUCUCAAGGAGGCCAGGAAGAUGAUGGACCAGUGUAAGGAGAGAUUAUCAAUAGUUGUUACCAGAGACGCUCCGAACAGCAAUUCAUAUCCAUCCGGCAAGGUUGAGGGUGGUGAGUAUCUGUCAGGGGCGAGCUACAGCAGUCAGAAUCUUUACGUUCCACCACCGACUCGCCAGCCCAUCGAGGAUAAGAGCAAUCUAGCACCCAGGGGACGCUCCAGAGGGCCAUUAAUGGAUGUUUCACUGAGUCAACUCGAUUUACCAGCAACGCCGACGGUAGAUCCGCCAAGACCCCCUCCACCGAGAGGACUAGAAGAUUACUACAGCUCCAGCUCGAGGAGACAGCUCUAUGAUGAGGAUCCACUUGUACAGAGGUCGAAACAACCCAUGCCGGAUCCUCGGUUCAUAACUUUCCAGAAAGAAGGUUCAGUGGGGGUGAGGUUGACGGGUGGAAAUGAGACUGGAGUUUUUGUCACAGCAGUACAACCAGGCAGUCCAGCCUCUCUUCAAGGGCUUCAACCGGGUGACAAAAUUCUUAAGGUCAAUGAUAUGGAUAUGAAGGGGGUAACAAGGGAGGAAGCUGUACUCUUUCUCCUCAGUCUUCAGGAGCAAAUUGAUCUGAUUGUUCAACACAGGAGGCAGGACUACGAACAAAUUGUCGCUUCUGGAAGGGGGGACUCAUUUCACAUCAAGACACAUUUUCAUUAUGAACAGCCUGAAAAGGGGGAGAUGAGCUUUCGAAGUGGUGAUGUAUUUCAUGCUGUUGACACACUCCAUAAUGGAGUUGUUGGCUCCUGGCAGGUCUUCAGAAUUGGUAGAAAUAAUCAGGAGGUGCAGAAGGGGAUUAUCCCAAACAAGGCGAGGGCCGAGGAGCUCGCCACUGCUCAAUUUAAUGCCACUAAAAAGGAAUUGAGUGCCAGUGAAAGUCGUGGAAGCUUCUUUAGGCGAAGAAGGGGUAGUCAUCGACGAUCAAAGUCUCUCGGGCGUGAUCACUGGGACGAUGUUGUCUUUUCCGACAGUGUUAGCAAAUUUCCAGCUUAUGAGAGGGUUGUUCUCAGACAUCCUGGCUUCAUACGGCCUGUUGUCCUAUUUGGCCCAGUUGCUGAUCUCGCUAGGGAGAAAUUGCUCAAAGAUUUUCCAGAUAAAUUUACCUCUCCUCAGAUGGAAAGCCAAAUGGAGGAUGGGGGAAAGUCCACUAAGACAUCUGGUAUAAUUCGGUUGAGUGCAAUUAGAGAGGUAAUGGAUAGAGGAAAGCAUGCCCUAUUGGAUAUAACGCCAAACGCCGUUGACAGAUUGAAUUACGCUCAAUUUUAUCCAAUAGUCAUUUUUCUCAAGGCCGAAACCAAGCAAGUGGUCAAGGAGAUGAGAGCAGGAAUACCAAAGUCGGCGCAUAAGAGCAGCAAGAAGCUUCUCGAACAGUGUCAGAAGCUUGACAAAAUAUGGGGCCACGUGUUCAGCGCCGUUAUCACAUUGACGACACCCGAGGCAUGGUAUAGAAAACUCAGGGAGUUAAUUGACCGUCAACAACAGGGACCCUUGUGGAUGAGCCAGACAAAACCGGAAGAGGCCCUCUCGGAUGAUUUCCUCUUCCCGAUGACAUCACGCCUCUCCUACGCCUCCUCCCCGGAGAGUGAUUUGGAAUUAAGCCCAGCACCCCCGAUUCCCGGUGCCCUGGGGCCACCUACGAGGCUUAAAAGUAGCUCUGAUCCAAGUAUCGCUACUCAGGAUGAUACCGCUGCACCCCCACCAUAUACAUCAAGCUACCAGGCAUUUGAGCAGCACAAGCGUGCGCAAGGUGGGCCAACAGACAGCAAAUACGGUUUCUCCAUCUCUAACCAGAUGAACGAACAACCAGGGCUGCCGCAAUAUCCUGUGCAAUCCCAGACUCGGUCUCCCCAUCAAGGUCCCCCGGAUUUACCUCCGAGAGUCGACAGAAAUGUCAAGCCGACGAGUCAGACCCCACGAGGCACAAUUGGACGAUCAGCAGCUGACAGAUUGCUCAACAAAACAGAUUCAGUCCUGGACAUGGGAAAUUACAUCAAUGCAACUCCUCAUCGAGCGAAUGCCACGUCGUCCCUCGAGAGGAGUCAACCCAAAACUGGAAGUUAUGACAGCAUGUCGUCUUAUGAUUCAUAUAAUAACACCAAUGGAAAUGCAACGUAUACAGGAACAGGUAUUAACACAUCUUCUGGGCGUCUUGGACCUAAUGUGCCAGAUGAUCUCAAAACGGGGAGUAUGCCAGCAUCGCAAAGGCCUCAUGACCCCUACAGGUUCACAAGAUCGACAGCACAACCCAUCAACAGCCAGGAUUCGCAGACUAGGACUGAUUACGCCAAAUACAGUCGAACGGGGGAGCACAACAAAGUGAUAACCACAACACCGGGAAAGUCAUCAUCAUCAUCAUCGGGUGGAGGUACUUACAAGCCUAUACCACCCCCAAAACCCAAAAAUUACCGACCACCACAGCAACAGAUCGUUCAGGAUGAGAAUAACGGCGGUGGAAUGUAUCAACAUGCGAAGAGCUAUUCUAUGAAUGCCUCGUCGCACCUUCAUAAUGGGACAGAAAGUGGUGGUGGUGGUAGUGGUGUUGGCGGUGGUGGUGGUAACAUGCAACGAAAUAGCGGACAAUACUACUACAACAUACCUCCACCAAACCACCGAACAGCAGUCGAGACAAAUUACCUGAUGAAUUCGAAUCAUAGCCACACUCACACCUCACCAAAUCACAGUCAUUCUCUCAGUCAUACUCAUUCGCAUUCCAAUCCACCAAUAACCGGCCACGCUCACAGCAACAGCGUAGGUCAGCUGACACUAGGCCAUACGCAUAAUGUAAAUCGCAGUAAUGUCAAUCCCAACGGGCACAGCCACAGUAACAGCCACGUGGGCACAAUUCAUCCUUCAGGAGGUAAUUCUGGUCACAAUCGUGAGACAAGUGGAUUAGAUUUAGCUGGAAGUCGUGAGCAACGUGGAAGUGCUUUCGAAUUAUAUCGAAAGCCACCGCUCCAUCAUCACAAUGUCAGGGGCGGUGGUUGGUCUCUUAGGAACACUGGGGUGGCCCGCGGUUUGUUCGAUAGCGAGGGUGGUGUCCUCGAGGGACCGGGCGGGGUCACUUUAACAAUACCUCCGGGUGCACUAGCUCCAAAUACAAGACAAGAGAUUUACUUCGCGGUCACAACCCCGCAUGCUAUUGAAUCACAUAACAACGAUCAUCGUCGUACAUCUAUCUCACCGCCAAUGCACCAUGGUGAAUCUUUAUUGAGUCCCGUAGUGGAGUGUGGACCACGAGGACUUGAAUUCAAGGUUCCAGUUGACCUGAGGAUUCCCCACAAUGCAACAUCCGCCCACAAGCUGGCCCUAAAAGCUACGGACGUUGAUGCAACAUCUAGUAGUGAUUGGAUGGACGUGAAAUUGCCAAAGCCCACGUCAGAUCAUGUACUCGUUAAACUCGAUCACUUCUAAAUUCUCCCCCACCCUUUAGCCUAUUAAUCCUCAAUAAGAUUUAAUGCUUAUUCUCUAUCGAAAAAACAGACUAUUUUGAUUAGACAUAAUCCACAAUAAUUUUUCCUCGCGAUUACUCAAUUGUAUUCGGUAGAAAGGAGAGCAAGGCUGAAAUACCAAAUGAGCAGAGUAUAUCGAACUAUUAUUAGAGUUAAAUGAGAAGAAAAAAUAAUGAAACAUUAAUGCAAUGUGGCUUACAUAUUUUUUCUCUUUUUUGUUGUACGCGUUGUUGCCUCUUGAAACAUUCAUUCAUGAAAAUAAGUCAGCAGUUGAUAUGUAGCACGUCUCAUUAUUUUCUUUUUUGUUUACUCAUUUUUAAUAAUUUGUUUAUUGAGAUUAUUUUGAUUACGCAAAGCUGUGUAGAGGAAAAUGCAUUUUUAAAAGCAAUACUUGGUGAUAAUUUCGCUGCGCUAUAGUCCCUAAAUUUGAGACUGUAGAAGGCUUAAUGAACUUAUAUACAUAAAUACUAUAUAACGAAUAAGUUCCUUUUUUACUUAUCCAAAAGAAAGCUCAAUUGUUGUCUUAGCCAAGUUGACUUACAAUUACCAAUUGAAUGUUUAUUUGUAUGACUCAAUAAAGAUAUGCAAAAGUUUCUAUGAA